AAUGAUGUUGCACUACGUUUUGUCGAUAAUAAUAACUCACCGAUCUUUUUUACUGAAAAACAACUGGGACAAUAAAAUGACUUGGAUUUUUACGGAAUCUGGGGAAUUUGAAACUCGGCUUAAUUCGGUUUGUCUGUAUAUAUAUAUAUAUAUAUAUAUUUAUUUUAAAUACAUCCAAUACGAGUACUAAAAUGGAAGGCGUUGCUCUGCAUGAUUUUGAAGGAACAAAAGAAGAUGAAUUGAGUUUCCGUAAAGGAACUAUUUUGAAAGUACUAAACACAACUGAUGACAAAAAUUGGUACAAAGCUGAGCAGAAUGGCAGAGAAGGGUUUAUUCCAAAAAAUUAUGUACAAAUGAAACCAUUCAGUUGGUAUUAUGGUAAAAUCAAAAGGGUGGAAGCAGACAGUUUUCUUAUCCAGCAAACACUGGACGGGGCGUUUUUGAUUCGUGAUAGUGAGAGUACCGCUGGAGACUUCAGUUUGUCGGUCAAGCUUGGGAACAGUGUUCAACACUUCAAGGUAUUGCGAGAUGGAGCUGGAAAAUAUUUUUUAUGGGUUGUCAAAUUCAACUCUUUGAAUCAGCUUGUGGAGUACCACCGAGCAGCUUCCGUAUCGAGAUCACAGACGAUUUACCUGAAAGAUUGUGAUGUUAAUUUCAAAUGUAUGGGAAGAGCAUUGUUUGACUUUGUUGUGAAGGAAGAAGGCGAAUUGGGUUUCAAAAGAGGAGAUCUUAUUAUGAUCGACGAUACAUCGGACCUGUCUUGGUGGUCAGGAAUCUUGGAUGGUCGUACUGGAAUUUUUCCAAGCAACUAUGUACAAAUCAUACGACAAUAGAACCAUUUAAACGAUCUAAAAAGAUGCUGCAUAAAGCCCAUUUUAAUAAAUGUAAAUAUAUAUGUAAAAAUGACACUACACAGCUCCAAUAUUUUCCCCUAACUUUUGUAAUCAGACAGACACAUGACGCAGUUCUCACGUAAACAAGCGGUUCCCAAACUUUUUGUUCGUGCGUUCAAAAAAAACUUUAUUUCGUUGAUCGUUAAUGUGUACCUUAUGCUUGUUGAGGGAUUUAAAGGGAUGCGAAGAAUCGAAUAAUUGAUAGACUAGCAUUUUCACACCCUGAUUUGAUCGGAAUCUGCCGAAAGGCCUUGUUCGCCGUACUAAGGCGGUCGGAGGCUGAUAUUCCUGGGAUAAAUAUAAAAUUAUCUUUCUUAUCGCCUUGUGGCUGUUUUAGCGCUUGCGAUUUUCAUAGCUUGUAUAAAAUACACAAACAAAAAUUAUUCGUGUAUCAAAUAUGUAUACUCCUACCCGAUUUUAAUAGAAAAAGCGAGAAGUAACGACCACAUCACACUUGUACAUUUACUGACAUUCACCUAAAAUGCACCGGAAGCUACCAAAAAGCGUUAAAUCUCGUCUUAAUUCACCAUGACCAGGCACAUUACAACAAAAACUCUCAUACAAAUAACAUUUCUCUAUCUAGGGAGAGCGUGUAACCAUGAUUUAAACAGAGCAAUUUCAUAACCACCUUUUUCAUUACUUAUCAGGACACUAACACCAACUCACUCUAUAUAUCAUAAGCUCAAUGUACAAUAAUACACAAAUAUUAUAUUUACAAUUAUCACUAUACAUGGUAUUAUUGAGACAACUUUUGUGGCAACUAUAACCAUAGCAGUUUAUAAUAGAAGGCAAUAAAGUCAUUUGUAAACAAGAUUCGACCAUCUCCAAGCGGCAGCUUUAAAAAUGUCUUAACUGAAAACCAAAUCUCAAAAAGAAUCCUUGACAGUGUACUGUGAAAUUAAAAUUGUUGAAAUCACCGCAUUGACAUAUUGCUGUAUUUGGACACUGUAACGUGUAACCUGAAAGAAAAUUAUUUUUAGUUUACCGGUCCCACAUAAAAAAUUAUCCGUAUCAAAUUCAUGAUCGACAAACAAUACAUGAAACAUGUUUGAAAAAUAUUUAAAGUAUCUAGUAUCCAAAUUCAACAAUAGCUUAUACAAUUCAACCUUUGACUGAGUUACAUACAAUCACCUAGUUUGCUGGCAGAAAUUAUUGGAAUACACAACCAAAUUAAACAUGAUAGAUUUUUCAGAAUAUGCAAACGAAAAUACAAUUAGAUCACUAAGAAUUAUUAACAGGCUGGAUAUGCAUAUAUAAAAAUACACUCAGGAUCCAUAUCUCAUACCAAUUUGAUGGUGAUAAGCAUACACCUAUUGAUAAAUAUUGAAACACAUGGAAAUAAGGAUGUUCAUAUAGAAUAUGCUUUGAUUUUCAUGGUCAUUAUUGGCAAGGCGUUGAAAAUUCUUAUAUUAAAAACUGAUUCGUUCACAAAAAGUCAAGAAAUACAGCAAAUUAUAUAGAGUGAUAUUUUAUUUUAAAACAGUGCAGUUUGGAGGUAAGUGAAACUCCUCAAAACAGGGAGAUAUGAUUUUGAUAACUUCUUCCAACUAGCACAUUUUCAAUGAUUAACGUAUAGGCUUAUGAAUACAUAUUCGUGUCCAGGGUCCUAAAUAAAUUAUUUUGCAGAAUUAUCAUAAUUUAUGUUGAAUUUUAAGUAAAUUUGUGAAAUCAAACAGUGAUUUUAAUAAACCAAAUUCUUUAAGCAUUUUUUACCGCAUUUUGCAGCCAGUAACAUAUCUACUCAAAUUGGCGCCCAUUGUAAAGUUCAAAAAGGAUUGUAAAGUUCAAAAAGGCGCCCCACCCUCUUGAUAGUUGGUUGACAAUUUAUGAUGACUGUUAUUGAAAUGAGAUACUUGUGAGUUACCAUUUGAGUAAAAAUACUAGUUUCGGUUAUUUCCAAUUUGAAAUAGUUUAUUCCUUGUUCGAACGCGCCCUUGGCACUGGCCAUGGCUGCCACACCCUAGAUACGCCACUGUUUUCAGCUUAUUUGAAACAUUUUAUAAUAUCCGUUCAAGUUGAUGUUUUCCAGAUGAAGGGAAUGAAACCGAUAGAUUUGAGACAUAAAAACUGCCUCAAUUUGAGAUUUUGUCGUUAACAAACUUUCGAGUCAUUCGAGUUGAAAUGAGUGAGAUGAAAUAAAAAAUUCAAGAAUAGAAUCGACAUAUGUAACGGUGAUAAGUAUUCUAAAUUACAAUAUAUCAUUAUUAUCAUUCAUAAUUUGAUAAAUGAGGAAAAGAGAAACAAGAACAGACAUAAUAACAAUUAAUUAGAUGAGAACUGUACACAAGAUUAUGAAUGAGAGAAUAAUAUUAAUGAAUCAAUUUGAGAGAACAAGAAAUCCUAACAGUAAAAAAGAAAAUCUAGCAUCAAUUUUACAAUUUUUUUUGUAGUAUAACAUAGGAAUACCAAAACUCAAAAGUCAUUCACAAAGUUGAUUGGUAUGGUUAAGAAAGAAGAUACGUAGAUCUA